GCAACUGCAACUGCAACCCUUCCUUCCCAGCCAGACGCCCCUCCUUCCCUCCCAGGCUGCAAGAGAGACAGACAGUCCUCCAGCGCCAGAGCUCCAGCAGCAGCAGCAGCAGGAAGGAGAGGCGCCUAGAGCUGCGUAACAGGUGCCCUCCCAGGGGAUGCCACCCUCCCAGGGCCCUGCCAGCCUCCUCCUCCCUCUCCUCCUCAGCCCCUGUAGCCCCUGCAGCCCAGCAAGAUGAGCAGCGGGACAGCUUCUCAACCUCAGGCUGUACACAGCCUCCUGGAGAAACCUGGUGCAGCAAUCCUCUGCAACAAUUGCAGAAAUCCAUGCAAAGGAGAGGUACUAAGAGUGCAAAAGAACUAUUUCCAUAUUAAAUGUUUUGUUUGCAAAGCGUGCGGGUGUGAUUUGGCCCAAGGAGGUUUUUUUGUGAGAGAAGGAGACUAUAUCUGUACUGUGGAUUAUCAGCGACUCUAUGGCACACGGUGCUUUAGCUGUGAUCAGUUUAUUGAGGGAGAAGUGGUUUCAGCGCUGGGAAAAACUUAUCACCCCAAUUGUUUUGUGUGUAUGGUUUGCAGGCAGCCUUUUCCUCCUGGGGAUCGUGUCACUUUCAAUGGCAAGGACUGUGUCUGUCAGAAAUGUUCUCUGCCACCUGCUGGUAGCAACAUCAAUAUUCCAGCCCUCCGAAAUUGUGGAAACUGUGGCUCUGAAAUAAAAAAUGGACAGUCUUUGGUAGCAUUGGACAAACACUGGCACCUGACCUGUUUCAAAUGCAAGAUAUGUGGAAAACUUCUCAGUACUGAAUAUAUCAGCAAAGAUGGUGUUCCAUACUGUGAAAUGGACUAUCAUGCAAAAUUUGGAAUAAGAUGUGAUAAUUGUGAAAAAUACAUCACAGGAAGAGUUCUGGAAGCAGGAGAAAAGCACUACCACCCUAUGUGCGCAAGAUGUAUCAAGUGCAAUCAGAUGUUUGCAGAAGGAGAAGAAAUGUACCUUCAAGGGGCUUCUAUCUGGCAUCCUGCCUGUAGACAGGCAGCCAAAGCUGAAGAAAAAGCCAAGUUGCAGGAAACUAGAACAUCAUCUGAGAGCAUAAUUUCAGUACCUGCUUCAAGUACAUCAGGUUCCCCUAGUCGUGUGAUUUAUGCAAAACUUGGUGAUGAAAUACUUGAUUACAGAGAUUUGGCUGCUCUUCCUAAGAAUAAGGCCAUCUAUAACAUAGACCGUCCAGAUAUGAUUUCCUAUUCUCCGUAUAUCAGCUACGUGACAGACGACAGGCACAUUUAUGGGGAGGGUGACCAUGAUGACCGGCCUUCCAAGCAGCAUAGGAUGUCAAGCCCUAGUUCCACUAGCUCACUUGGCUAUGGUCGCAACACCCCAUCUUGCCAUUCUCCACAGAAUUACAGCCGACCAGCUGGUACUCAGACUCUUGGUACCAGUAGCUGCAUCUCCCUGCCCCAACACACAAGCCUUACAUCUACAUUCAGACAUCAUUACAUCCCUUUCUUCAAAGGCAGUGAAAGUGGUCGGAGCACUCCAAGCUUAUCCAUGUACUCAGACAGCAAGUCUUCACCAUCUCUCUAUCAGCAAGCACCUAGACAUUUUCAUGUUCCAGACACUGGAGUUAAAGAUAACAUCUAUAGGAAACCCCCUAUCUACAGACAGCAUGGAUCAAGAAAAUCAGAUGGUGACAGCAGUGAUCAAGACAAGAAGCUUAAGUCUAGCUGGCUGACUUUGAAAGGGGACAUGGAUGCCAGAACCUGUUCUCCUGAUCUGGAUACGCAGUCACUCCCACAAAGUCCUGGAACAGACAGAGAACUUCAGCGGCUAAACAACAAUGCAAACUGUACCUACCUAAGGUUUCCAUAUUCCAAAUCUGCUUCUCUUCCUGACUAUGGAAAGAAUGGGCUACACCAUGGUAGCACCAUGACCCAGUAUGAUGCUGACCAGGAUGCUGCUUGGGGGAAAAGAGAAUACCAGGUGUAUCCAUAUGAAACCCUGAUUGUAACAAAUAGGGUUCGAGUGAAACUACCAAAGGAUGUGGACAGAACCAGACUGGAGCGGCAUUUGUCCCAUGAAGAGUUUCAGGAAGUUUUCAAAAUGAGCAUUGAGCAAUUUGAGCGGCUUGCACUCUGGAAAAGGAAUGAGUUAAAGAAAAAGGCUUUGCUUUUUUAGCAUACCACAGAGAAACAGAAACAUGCUUGAUAAAAACAAACUACACACUUGCCACAAUUUUAUCAUGUGCACUUGCUGUUAACCCUUUAUCUAGCUUCAUUGUGUUAGGGAUGGGGAAGCAGAAACAAUUAUUUUAGUAACUGCUGGGUCUCUAAGGAAUAUAACAAAUCUUGCUUUAACUUAAUUAUCGCUUUAGCUCUUGCUUGUUGCCAAAAAGAAAAGAAAUAAUUUUAAUGGGAUAGAAACAAGUGCCAUUUCGACCACUAAAAGGAAGAAAGUCAUCAUUUUAUUGCACUAGUAAGCAAAACAUUUACAAAAUGAAAACAGAGGCGAAUGAAAGUCCCCACAAUUUUUUAAAAGCACUACUUUGAAGCAAAUGUGAUAAAAGGCCAAAGAAAAGCAUGUUGGAAAGUCACUCUUGCCAAUGUUUGUGUGUGACAUCUUUUUAGGAAUAAAAGCAAACCUAUAAUAAAGCACUUUUAAGUCUCA